GUGUCUACUUUUCUGUACUAAGAGGUAAUUUUCUGUUGAAUCCUUCAAGGCUGAGGGCUUUUGAUGGCGUCGUCCGGUGUGUAUCUAACGAUACCAGCGGCAGCUGCAAAUCAGCCUCCGAAAUUUUCAGUGUCGUCUACUAAUGGAAGAGGAAUGUUUUCGUCUGGUGUUUCUUCCGCCUUAAAUGCAAGUGCAAGUCCCAGAUUUAGGGGUAGACGAUGCCUCCUCCUCUUCAACGGAAAAUUCCAGCCCAUUACCCCCCGUUUUCGCUGCAACUCUCAACUGGUCGCAGAUAUUGCCCCCGCCACCGCUGCUGCUUACGGAGCGCUGCUUACUUCUGGCGGUCUUUUUGCGUAUAAAAGAUCAGGAAGCAAAGGAUCGCUUAUUGGAGGACUUACAGGGGGAUCUCUGAUGGCUGCAGCUUACAUUCUUAUGCAAGGAACAGAUACGAAAGGAAUAGGGGAGUCACUUGCAUUUGGAUCCACCCUCCUCUUUGCCUCGGUAUUCGGUAUCAGAUUGGCAGCUACUCGCAAAAUAACUCCUGCAGGCCCUUUGUUAGGGCUUUCCAUCUGUGCAUUGGUUGUCUUUAUCUCAGCUUAUUUGUGAGAUAGUCUCUGACAUUAAAUACGUCCCCUUUACAUGGGCGCCCCCUUUACAUUGUACACCGAUGAGUUAGUUUGAUGUAAUGCUUUUGUUCUCCUUUUCUUAUCCCAGGUGGAACUAGGUGCUGUUGUUUUCCCGUACUUCUCUCUCCUUCGAAUAGGGAAAUUUUCAUUGUCACUGCUAUGGUUUUAUUGUUCCAAAUGUUGUCUCAUGCACUUUUUUUUUGCACAUGUAAGAACAUCAAUGCAAUACAUUAUCUAAGGAGCAAAGGAGGGGGCUUGAACUCUAGAUCUGUAUUAAUUUUGGACCAAAUAUGCAAUCAUUUGAGCUAGAUUGUAAGUUCUCCUCACAUGCACUUGUUAACUACUUCCCUUUUCCCA